UACAAAGCCGGUGUUGUCGAGAUGGCCAAAAAGGGCCACAACCUCAAAGCUGAUGCCAUCCCAAUUAAGGCUGCCAAAUCUGGUACCACUAUUGCCAGUAAUUACAAGUACAAGUUGGCAUACGAGAAGGCCAGAGGCCACCACGUUGGCUUCCGCAGCCUCCAGGACGAUCCCCUGCUGGUUCACUACAUGGAGGUGGCUAAGUUGCAGAGUGACAGGAACUACAAGAAGGACUACCACCAGGCCAAGCUGAAGUAUCACACCCCAGUAGACAUGUUGAGUGUGGUCCAUGCCAAGCAGGCCUCUGCUGCUCAGACUAUGGCUGGAUACAAGCAGAUCCCUCACAACUAUUUCCUUCUGCCCGACAACUUGCACCUGCAGAGGUGUCGCAACAUGAACAUCCAGUCAAGUGAUAGUGAUUACAAGUCUGAAUGGAACAACUACAUCAGAGGUAUUGGAUGGGUCCCUAUUGGCUCAAUUGCAGUUGAGACUGCUAAAGUUGGCGGUCAGAUUCAGAGUGACAACAAGUACCGCACUCAUCCAUCCAACUUCAAGUUCAGCAAACUGAUGGACUCCAUGGACUUGACUCUGGCUACUGCCAACAACCAGAUCAUGAACAAGCAAGCAUACACUGCAGCUUGGAACAAGGACAAACUGACAGUCCACGUCAUGCCAGAUUCUCCUGAGAUUGUCCUGGCCAAGGCCAAUGCCCUCAACAUGAGCAAU